AUGACCCAGCUUUAAACACUCACAACGAAACACAUGCAGACCAGCUGUUUGCUGUUUUGAUAUUUACUAUGCGCCAAUCCAAUCUCCGUGUGAAUCAUCAUCAGGAAAAACCAUCACAAAUCAUUAGAAGUCUCGAAGCUAAGGUCUAAACUCGCACAAAAUCCAAAAAUGUUCAACAAUCUGUUCGGCAAGAAACCCACCGUAAAGGAGCAGCAGCGGGAAAACGACCGAUCGCUGCGCAAGGCCACCAGGGACAUCGAACGGGAGCGCCGGAAAAUGGAGGAGGAGGAGCGUAAGUUGGAGCUGGAAAUCAGACGCAAUGCCGCCGCGGGAAACAACGAUGCCUGCCGCAUCCUGGCCAAGCAGCUUGUGGAGAUCAGGAAGCAAAAGUCCCGCACCUACGCAGCCUCCGGAAAGAUCCAGUCUAUUGGUUACCAGAACAAGAACAUGGGCGCCAAUAUUGCCCUCAGCGAGGCCAUGGGCACCACAGCCAAGACGAUGGGUGAAAUGAACAAGGUGAUGCGUCCGGAGGCUAUUGGUGAAACUGUGCGCCAGUUCCAGGCGGCCAACAUGAAGAUGGAGAUGACCGACGAGAUGAUAAACGACACACUGGACGACAUGCUGACCGAGUCGGGCGACGAGGAGGAAUCCAAUGCCGUGGUCAACAAGGUUCUCGACGAGAUCGGCAUCGAAAUCUCUGGCAAAAUGUCCAGCAUCCCGGCCACGGGCACCUCAGACUUUGAGACGAGCGGCAAGCGCACCGAGAAGGAUAUUGCCGAUCAACUGGCCAAACUGCGCUCAUCUUAGUUUUUAGACUUUUGCUAUUCCUUUUUGUAAUUACUGUGAACACCGCUGUUAUCGAUAGACCGUAAGGAAAUAUAUUUAUGUACACCGCUUACAAA